AGCCGAGCCCGCCCCGCCGCCGCCCUCAAGGAGGCAGCUGCUCUGCUGAGGUAAACCCCCCCGUCGCCACCGCCGCUGCCGCCACCGCCAGGACUCGUGAGACGGGCGCGGGGCUCCCCAGACGCUGGGACACCGGCCGGCUGGAUGCCGCGUCCCUGAGGGCCCUCCCCGCCCCGCUCCUGCCGCUGCAGGGAGCCAGGCCCCUCCUUCCCCGGCCUCCCGUCCGUCCGCCCGCCCCGCUCCCCCCGGCUCAUCUCUGCGAUGCCGACCUUCCUCCUCGGCCCGGCGGGACUGGCGUGACGCUCCUCGGACACCCCCCGCCUGCCCGCCCCCUCCUGCCCGGGCACUGCUCCGAGACCGUGCACGGCCGGCACCGGCGGCUGCAGCAGGGCACCGAGCCUCCGCCCGCCCCCGCACCGCCCCCCUGAAUGCUGAAAUCCUCCUCCCCUGCAAGGACUUCUGAACAGGACGCAGAUAUAUAUUAGAUUAUAGAGCGUUUAUUAAAUUAUUCCAGAUUUAAAUCUAUAUUUUUUUGUUGCCGAGGGGAAAGGGGACCAGGCAUCAUCGUAUCUUUUGUCUUUUUUUUUUUCCACCCCGCCCCACCACCACCUCCUCCCCACUCCUGCCUCUUAACUCAUUUAUGGGCACGUCAAGGCUGCUGAGGAGGAGAAGAACAGAAUAGCAAAACCUCUUCCUACGCCCCCAGAAGCUCCCCCGGCUCCUUUUUUCUUCCUUGUUGCUGUGCAUUUCCUUUGGAAAAGGAAACCUCUUAUUUUGCAAACCAAAGAUUUAUUUUUCCCUUCCUCCUGGCCAAAGGAAGGAAGUGAAUACAAAUUGACCCCCACCCCCCUUCUAAAAUAGUCUGAGAGAUUUAUCUUCUAAGAAAGUAGAAUUUGUAUCCAAAUCAGAGACAUAGCCUGGGCUGAGGGAGAAACUGGAAUAUCUAGGUUAAAGCGAGGUAUCUGUUAGCCUCUCUUGGGGGUGGGGGGGGGGGGGAGAAGAGGUAAACACUAAACAUCCACUUGUUCUUACAGGAAGAGUUCAAAUCCUAAAUAUAAUAAAUGGGGGAUUACGGGUUUGGAGUGUUAGUGCAAAACAACACUGGGAAUAAGUCAGCUUUUCCAGUCAGAUUUCAUCCACAUCUGCAGCCUCCGCACCAUCAUCAAAAUGCAACCCCCAGCCCUGCUGCUUUUAUAAAUAAUAACACAGCUGCCAAUGGCAGUAGUGCUGGGUCAGCUUGGCUCUUUCCUGCUCCAGCUGCCCAUAACAUUCAGGAUGAGAUUCUGGGGUCAGAAAAAUCUAAAAGUCAGCAACAGGAAAAGCAAGAGUCCCUAGAAAAACAGCAGCUUUCCCCUAGUCAGAGUCAGGAAGCAGGCAUGCUGCCUGAACCCGAGAAAGCGAAAUCUGAAGAGAAUCAGGGAGAUAAUUCUUCAGAGAAUGGCAACGGGAAGGAGAAAAUAAGAAUAGAAUCACCAGUGUUAACAGGAUUUGAUUAUCAAGAAGCUUCAGGGCUAGGCACUUCAACUCAGCCCUUAACAUCCACUGCAUCUUCUCUGACUGGUUUUAGUAACUGGUCUGCAGCGAUAGCUCCUUCGUCUUCGACAAUAAUCAAUGAAGAUGCAAGUUUUUUUCACCAGGGAGGGGUCCCUGCUGCCUCAGCGAAUAAUGGUGCUCUGCUGUUUCAGAAUUUUCCACAUCAUGUCAGCCCUGGCUUUGGAGGUAGCUUUUCCCCCCAGAUUGGACCCCUCUCUCAACACCACCCUCAUCACCCCCAUUUUCAGCAUCAUCACAAUCAGCAUCAGCAACAGAGGAGGUCUCCUGCAAGCCCUCAUCCACCUCCAUUUACACAUAGAAAUGCUGCUUUUAAUCAACUGCCUCAUUUGGCUAAUAAUCUUAACAAACCACCUUCUCCAUGGAGCAGCUACCAAAGCCCAUCACCUACACCAUCUUCAUGGAGCCCUGGUGGCGGUGGAUACGGUGGGUGGGGAGGGUCCCAAGGUCGAGACCACCGUAGGGGACUGAAUGGAGGGAUAACACCCCUGAACUCCAUCUCCCCCCUGAAGAAGAAUUUUGCAAGUAAUCAUAUCCAGUUGCAGAAGUAUGCUCGGCCCAGCUCUGCCUUUGCUCCAAAAUCUUGGAUGGAAGACAGUUUGAAUCGAGCUGACAACAACAUUUUUCCUUUUCAGGAUCGCACAAGGACUUUUGACAUGCAUUCACUGGAGAACUCACUAAUUGACAUAAUGAGAGCUGAAAAUGAUUCACUGAAAGCAAGGACAUAUGGGAGAAGGCGAGGUCAGUCUUCGUUGUUUCCAAUGGAAGACGGGUUCUUGGAUGAUGGGCGUGGGGACCAGACUCUCCAUAGUGGUUUAGGAUCACCACACUGCUUUUCUCACCAAAAUGGAGAAAGGGUGGAACGGUAUUCCCGCAAGGUGUUUGUUGGGGGAUUGCCACCAGAUAUUGAUGAAGAUGAGAUCACUGCUAGUUUUCGUCGCUUUGGUCCUUUAAUUGUGGACUGGCCUCACAAGGCAGAAAGCAAAUCCUAUUUUCCUCCUAAAGGCUAUGCAUUCUUGCUGUUUCAAGAUGAAAGCUCUGUACAGGCUCUGAUUGAUGCAUGUAUUGAAGAGGAUGGAAAACUCUAUCUUUGUGUCUCCAGCCCCACUAUCAAAGACAAGCCGGUUCAGAUCCGGCCUUGGAAUCUUAGCGAUAGCGACUUUGUGAUGGAUGGUUCGCAGCCUCUGGACCCACGAAAAACCAUUUUUGUUGGUGGCGUUCCUCGGCCCUUGAGAGCAGUGGAACUUGCAAUGAUAAUGGACCGGCUAUAUGGAGGUGUGUGCUAUGCUGGAAUUGACACAGAUCCUGAGCUGAAGUACCCCAAAGGAGCUGGGCGGGUUGCAUUUUCUAAUCAACAAAGUUACAUAGCUGCUAUCAGUGCCCGCUUUGUUCAGUUGCAGCAUGGAGAGAUAGAUAAACGGGUGGAAGUUAAGCCAUAUGUCUUGGAUGAUCAGCUGUGUGAUGAAUGUCAGGGGGCCCGUUGCGGUGGAAAAUUUGCUCCAUUUUUCUGUGCUAAUGUUACCUGUCUGCAGUAUUACUGUGAAUAUUGCUGGGCUGCUAUCCAUUCACGUGCUGGCAGGGAAUUCCACAAGCCCCUGGUGAAGGAGGGAGGAGAUCGCCCAAGACAUAUUUCAUUCCGCUGGAACUAAAUGAUUACUGCAGUGCUCAUAUGCAGGCCUCAAAAUAAGUGCACUCUUCUGUUAUCCUGAUUGUGCCCCCACCUCCCCAUCCCUGCCCCCCCCCGCCCUCCCCCUUAUUCAAGAUAGCAUGUCCUUUUCUAGUGGUCUGUAAUUUAACAAUAGUAUAAUGAAAGAAUGACCUAUAAUAUAGGUAUUUUGUAGAAUCUUGUCAUUGAAAACUGUAUUGGGUACUCCUUUUCAUAUUGAUAAUGUGUUGCAAGGAAGUUACAGCCUCUUGUCUUUGGCAUCAAGAGGACCCUUACUUCAUGCAACCUUUUCUUAGAGGAGAGAAAAAUAAGAUAAGAGAAAUGAAACAAUAGAGUAUUUUGGUUUUUAAUUAAAUUAUUGUUAAUAAAGAACAUAAGAAUACUUUUAUUAAAAUAACCAUGCAACAAUAACACUAUCAGACUAUUCUGACACUUUUCUUCCCCACCCCUCCCAGUGAGCCUGUUUUUUGCCUCUUGUUUUUUAAUUUGAAAUCUUAACAGCGAUGGAAAAAGUUAGCAAUUACCUAUUAACAGGAAAGAGCAUGUUUAAAGCAACAAAAAUGCAUGAGCAAAGUUGAAGCAGCAUUAUAACAAUGAUUAUUUUUAUCUGUUAGGGGUUUUGAGGCUAAAUUGUUAGCACAGUAUAUAUCUCACCGUGCCUCCGACUUCCAACCACAUCCAGAUUAGUAAUCAGAUAGGCAGAGCUUCUAUUUUUCAUCAAAACUACUGCAUUUUAAAAAUUCCCGAAUGUAAGUUGGGUAAAGCUUCUUUGGAGUUGGGGGGAGGGGGGAGUGCACUUAUUUAUUUUUUCGUAAAACAGAGAACUCAAUUGUCUGGUUACAGCCCUAGAAAUCCUACCAAAGCUAGCUUAAUGACAACUAGUAAACUGGCAUAUCCUCUCCUGAAGGACAAAUAUAUAGAAUUUAUUUUUGAUGGUUAUAUAUAACUCUAUAUCCUAAUCUACUAACAUUCAUCAGGGGUCAGCCUUUGCUCUCCAUUUUGACAUUAAAAAUAAAAUAAAAAAACCUAAAGAUACCUCAAGGAUAUCACUGAUUUUAUCUAAGUUCUGGUAUUCCAGUGUGUCUCAUGAACUAAAAUUGGCUGCUAAUUGGUUUCCAUCUUGGAUGUAAAGUCAGUUUUAAUAUCCUCUAAUUUAGCUGUAAUAUAGAAAGCAUCACUAGUCUCCAAGUCUGAUUUACACUGUUUGCUGAAGAAGUAGAAGUGUAAAACUACAGAGGUGCAAAGGUGUAUGUGUCUUUUAUUCUUCCUCUAGAGAGAAUCCUAACCAAGUGUUUUCUUCAGAACUUAGUAUGGGGAAAAAAGAAUCACAGUAAUUGAAGUGCCAACAUUGCAGAGUUAAUGCACGCUUUAUUGUAAAUCACUUCUACCUAGAGGUGCAUUAACACAGUACAUGUUAACUGAAUGCUGAGGGUUGGGGCAGGGGUUUAGUCUGAAAUAGUCUCUUGAAGGAGAGUAGUUCUGAAAAAGUGAAUUUUAGCUAAUGCCCCAGUCAGAUUUCUAAAUUUUUUUUGUGUGUGUGUUUAGCAGAGGGCAAAAUAGAAGUAAUUCAGUGGCAAUCUUCUGAACUGACUGACUGGCAUGGUACCAUCCUAGAUGCUCUCAAACCAAAGACUUGCCUCAGCACUGCUGUGGAAAACAUCUGCUCUGUGAACUCCCCUCCCCCAGAUUAUCUUUAUGAGAAACUGUUUUUAUUUUGAUUACAGGCUUUAAUGAACAAUACCUUAUCAAGUUCCAAAGGUCAAAAUGGAGACAUUUGCUGUCUGCUAGGAAAGUCUAGAACGGGGAGCUGCUUUUAACAAAAUCCCUGAAAAUAUUGACAACAGUAACACAAAUGGAGAGUGCUAUUGUGUAGAUUGUCAGGGACUUUUUUUUUCUCUGAAGUACAUAAUUAUAGUUGGAAUGUUCCUUUAAUUUUUUUAAUGCUUGUAGGUGGCUUGGGGUGUGCUAUUGUGCCGAUCCUACCCAGUAAACAGGUGAGAUGGGUUACCAUUACAAGAAAUAACACUGUUUGAGAACUAGCUUUGAAUAAUAAUUUUCCCUUUGUACAUGACCUGCUGAAUUUCGGUACAGUGUUUUUGUAGCUAACUUAUUUUGUCAUGCACAUAAUGUAUAUUUGUUAUGCACUACUUUUGUAUAUCUUGUUUUUCCAACAGUGAGCAUUUUUAGGCACACUUUUCACUGACGGGAUAUCUCUUUAUGCAAUACCUCAAUUUUUCAUAUUGCAAAGAGUAGCUUUUUGUACUUUUAUUACUGAGAGAUCUUCAUAUACUUCAUUUUUUAAUAUAAAUAAUUUUAAUAAAUUUUAUUUUCUUAUAUUCUGCUUUUUAUACAUUUCAGUGCUCUGCAUACAUUUUGAAUUAUGGAUGUUGUGCACUGGCAAUGCUAUUUUAGAAUCUGCAGAGAAAAGAAAGCAUGUUGCUUAAACAUCUUAGCCCAGCACCAGAUACUUGGUGUACAUAUAAUUUAAGAGAUAGUAUAUGUAAAGUUGAGAAUUAAAGAAAAAAGCAUGAAAGUGACAAAUGACACUGUUUGUCUUUAGACCCUCAAAUUAAACGCAUCAACAUAGUGUAGGAAUUUAAAAGUAAAGAAACAUCAGAAUUGUCUACCGCUUCUUAAUAAGUUUUUAAAAAUUAUACACAAAUGCAGACGUUUUUGGUGAAUGUUUAGCCAUUUUUAAUAUUAAUAACAAAUUGAUGUUAGAUGUUUGAUGCAGAAAUGUCUGCUCUUUUAAAUUAUAUUUAAAAAAAGUAAGAGAGACCCUGCUACGUAGCAGGCAUGUAAUGUUAAUAUGCAUGACUAAUGUAAGAAAUUGUUAUUCUACUAAUAUUCACUUGUGAUUGUGUGACAAGCGUGUUUACAGAUUAUUUGGUUACACUUCAAUUUACAGGGCAUAAACAAUUAUAUACAUUACUCUGUACUUAAAUAGUGAUUUCAUGUCCUUCCGAUUACAUGGGAUUUGUAGUUGGAGUUACCAUGUCACUCCAAACAUAAUUAACAUGUAAUUAGUUUACAAAUCUUAGGGUAUCACUUCAAUUUGCAAAGGGGUUAAUAAGCAUGUAGUUUUAUCUUACUAGCAUGGCACUGGCCAUGUAUUUACAAUGUAGUUACAGAGUAAUUACAUGGUUAUUUUUGCAAUGUAAAAUAAAGUGUUUCUGAUUAUUUUAUAUGUAAAGGAACCCCACUGCCCCGUGCUUUUUGGUAUAGUAUAUACUUCUCCAUACACAGACCUCUGCAGAAUGCAAAUUUAAAACUUGCAGUGAGUGAAUUUAACGUUUUAUAAGGAUGCUGUUGGAAAGACUUGAUAAUUCACCCCUUUUUUGUUUUUUGAAGAGUUGAAACCUUCUGUUAAAAGGUGAUUUAAAACUUGAAUGUGAUGAAUUGUGGCAAGUUAACUUCAAGUUAUGUGCAAUACUUAUUUCAGACUUCUGGAAGAUCUUUGCAGUGUAAUUCUUUGUUUUUAAUUGCAGACAUUUAAAAAUGUCAUUUUCUACUGUUCUAGUAAAUCCUCUUUCUUGCUGGUGUUUCUAAAGAAAAGAAUCAGAAAUCAAUCUUUCUACUAAUGUAAAUUUGAGAUUAUUUUUAAAAAAUGGAAUAAAAGAGGUUUUGGUCAUUUGCUUUAUUUUAUUAUCUUAUUUUAAAGCUACUGUGAUAGCAUUGUAAGAAUUGGGACAAUAUUGUAUUCAACUGUUUUAUUUUUUAUAUUUUUAAAUUUUAAAGUAUAAUUAGUUUUUAUAAUUUUCAUCAGAUUUUUUGUUAUAUUUUUUGGAAGUGAAACUUUUAGCAAGUGGGUGUCUAGUUUUUACUAAUCCCUAAUAUGUUUUUCCCCCCAAUGUAUUGCUCAUAUUAUCAGAAGGAAAAGUUAUUUAAGUAUGUCAGUUAAUUGUACUACUUGGCUGAAUUUCCAUAUAGUUUUUACUGUGUAUGGGGAGGUUGUAGUAUUUAUUAUAGCAUUUUAAAUAAGGGUAAUUCAUUUUUUAUUAAAGUCAUUUUCACGUUUAAGUUCAUAUUUUUGUAUGUUCUACUCUAAGUUAUAUAACACAAGUUACUUUUUUUAAAGAGUUCAUUUGUUGAAGUGCUAGUGGAAAAUUAAUGUUAUUAAAUAGUUUGCAAAUGACUAUUUAUACCAGUAUGCAUAUAAUUUUUAAAUAUUUGUAAUGUGAGAUGUUGAAUGAAUAAAACUUUUAACUCAG